GCGCACAACGUCACACUCGUGUAUCUAUAGUUUCCUUCUGUUUUGAAACCCAAGCCUAGUGAAUUAGAUCUUGAAAAUAAUUGUUAAGGUGGUUUAAAAGUGCUCUAAUUGUUGAUUAAAAGUAUAGCUACGAUGGAAAAGAGAGUCGCCUUGGAAUUACGGGGAAGAAACCCUUCACAGGUCAAGGAAUUGAACCUUGAUAACUGCAGGAGCACCAAUGUUGUUGGUCUCACAGAUGAAUACACAAACCUCGAAAUUUUAAGCCUUAACAACGUUGGGCUUACAACUCUCAAAGGAUUCCCCACACUUCCCAAACUGAGGAAAUUAGAACUCUCUGAUAACAGAAUAUCAAAUGGACUAAAUUUCCUCAGCGGCUGCAAAAAACUUACACAUCUGAACUUCUCGGGUAACAAAAUCAAGGAUUUGGAAACACUGAAACCAUUGGAGGAAUUUAAAAAUCUAAAGAACCUAGACCUCUUUAACAAUGAUGUUACUAAUAUUGACGACUACAGGAACAAGGUGUUCGCCUUACACCCAGCUCUAAAAUAUUUAGAUGGCCUGGACAAGGAAGAUCGGGAGGCUGAAGACAGUGAUGCUGAGGAAGAGGAUGAAAUGAACGGGAAUAAUGAUAGUGAGGAGGAUGAUGUGGACAUAGAUUUGGGUCUGCUGGUGAUUGACGAUGCGCCCUCAGAUAGGCCGCCAGAGAGCAGAUCCUCUCUUCCUGUUGUAUUGUACACAAUUUACGGCCUACUAUUUCACAUGGGGUAUCUUACCAAAAGGUCCGAAGUGGAGGAGGAAGAGGACGAUGACGAAGAUGACGGUGAGAUCUCGCUAAGUGCAGUCUACAAUGAAAACCUUGAGGAGGAGAGCUCCGACAGCUCCGUGUACGAGGGCUCGGAGGAUGAGGAGGAAGAUGACGACGAUGACGAGGAGAUUGACGCGGAUCACAAGGCAAAGAUAGACGGGGAGGACGCAGACGGCGAGCCGGAGGAGAGCACUCGGGGUAAGAAGCGGAAACACGACGACGACGAGGAGAAUUGAGGGUUGCCUUAAGCGGAGUUAUCUUACUAGUUCGUAAGUGUACAGCCUCCGAUGCAUCGGACAAUAAACUUGAUCACAACAUUACAGAGAGGUACAGUUAUCCCAUAUACUAGUUGGGAGUUGUGAGGCGGAGUUCCCAACCAGUAGUGCGUUUAAGGUGGCGAUGGCGUAGCGAGACCCUUACUAUAGAAAAUUGACAUGAAAAUAUUUUUGCAAAAAAAGUUGCGAACCCCGUUCUAGCAGCACCCUCUGGCUAGCUCACCCGCCUCUUCUAGUGUUAAAGCGCCUCGGCGCCACCAAAAUGUUUUAUAUCACUAUGAUGUUUACGUCUUUUGCGUGUAAUUUGUAGUUUGUUGUCCGGCAAGUUAAUGUUUCAAUAAAAUUGUUUAUGUAAUAAUAUUUUUUUUAUUCUAUUGACAUACUUAAUUUUAGUCUAAUCAUUGAAAUGAAAGUGCAAGAAACUAGCAUUAAAUUAAAAUAGCUCUCAAAAGUUUUGGUAUCAAUUAUAUUAAAAUUAGAUUUAAGGUAAAGGAACAAGAAAGUAAAUUAUUAGUGCCCUUGGAAUCCAUUCUAGUGUUAAAUUUAGUGUAGAAACUUGCGGCUUUUUUCCAUGUUUUCUGACUAAGACAAUUUAGACAAAAUUCCUGUUGGAGACAAGCCGCAAGCAAGAUUUUGAGAGUUAUGGCAGCCAAUGAAUGAUGAUAUUAAUUAAUGAAAUAUACACAGUGAAGGCAAACUGGUUGCAAAUUACAAUACUUAUGAUUAUCGCCUUGGCAUACAUACAACAUGAGUAAGUAAGUAAGUAUGAUUUUCUUUUCUAACUAAUCCAUAUUUCUUUUCUAACUAAUCCAUAUUUUUGACAAAACGUCGUCGAUACCAAAAUGUUGACGCUGAAGCGUUUUUCAGUAGUUUUAUAUUGUAAUAAUUUAAUAAUAAGUUUUGUUACUUUGUAUAUGUGGAUUUUUAAUGUUUAGCAAUCUCACUAAUGAUAACUGAAAUGUUUAUCAGUAUCACUAUAUUCCAAUGGGCGUAGUAAAUUAAUUUAAUCAGAUCUUUGACAUCCAAAUGAGUUCAGAGAGUAUUUUUCUACAAUCAUUUUAAUCUUAAUGAAAGAGCAAUUAAUGCACUUUAGAAUAUCAAUGAUAAUAUGAGAUGUUUGGUUGAUGCAACGUAGUAAACGUGCCAGAUAUGUUGAAGAGAAUUUUAGUUAAUAAUUUUAUUGUAUUAUGUAAGUCAUUAAGUUUAAGUAAUUUACAACUUGGCCUGUUGAUAUAUAUUGUAUAAUCCUAUUAAGAUUUUUAUUUCUGGGAUUGUAAAAUAAAAACUUAAACUUUAA